AUGGAGCAUACAUCCGCAUUUAUGGGUCCAGCCAAGGCGCCUUCCCCGUCUUCGAAGACCCAAGGCAACAAUCGUAAACGCACGUCUUCAGCUUCCUCCAACGAUCGCGGAGGAAACGCAUACGAUGAUACGCCUUCAUUAGGCUCCCCGGAAACAAAACCUCCUCGAAAGAUCCGUCGAUUGCUCGAUCUUCGGGGUGGCAGCCUGUCUGAAUCUUGUUCUCCGGCUGUUGGAGAGGCUGAGGCGAUCCAAUUCCUCGACAAUCUCGUACCGGGCCUUAGUACGUCUCGCUUUCCACCUCCUGAAAUGUCCUCGGAUCCGUCGAUGGGGGCACAGAUCACCCCAUACCUGCUUAAUGACGACAGCAUAUAUGCACCUACGGAGACAUCUGCGUUCGUCCGUGCCCUGAACAGAGCUGCGGAGGUCGCUACGCACAGUGACCCAACGCAUACAUCUACCGAUUCUGCCAGGAUCCAGCCCCCUUCGGCACACCAGCCUCUCAUCCAUCAAGUCGACUCUAGAGGAGCGCCCGAAGAGGCUGUACCGGAUCUGAUACACCCGCCCGAGAUCCCUAGACGCUCAUAUCACCCAAUCACAUUGCAGUACCGCGGCUACGCCUUCGAGUACGACCUCGCGCUGCUUCCUGAUGACGCCGAAACCGGUAUUGCACUUCUCAGGACCACAAUGAGCGAUCCAGGCAUGUGGUUGAUGUUUGGCGCGCACUAUAGACGCACAGGGCGGCCCCAAGCUGCUCGUGCGGUCGUCAAGACUCUUCUCGACACGCAGGCCAGCGAAGAAGGCGGUUUAGCUGGCUUUACUCAGGAUACUGUCCACGCAACCGUGGCGCUUGCUCGGCCUGCAAGACUUCUUUUGGCAGCCUGCGAGAUGGAGCUCGGACGCAGCACGACAGAUCCGGCGGCUAAGAAGGCGCACAUGGAUACGGCUCAGUCGCUCUUCCGAACCGUGUAUGGUAGUGCUUGCUCGAACUUGGAGAGCGUCCUCGGGAAGCCCAUCUCUCCGCCUUGUCCUCCUGGGGUCAAUGUGUCCGGAUCGUCUCUUACACGCCCUCCGCCCGCCCCACCGAGUGUACCCAGGCAAGUCAGACCUUCGGUUGCCUCCGACGUUGCACCCCUAGAGACCGAAGCAAAAGGACGCAUAGAAUCAAUGACAUUGCAGGUUCGAGCUACAUCUGAGGAGAACGCUUCGUUGCGGCGUGAGCUAGACAUCAUGCAGCGUGCGCGAGACCGGGUGGAACGGCAGCUGAGCGGGGCAGAGCGUGACACACGCGAGCUCGAGCGGCGCCUUUCCGACACAAAAGAAGACUUGCGUGAUGCGAGACGGAGGAGGGAAGAUGCGGAGAGGAGAGCGGAGGAUCUGGAGAAGCAGGUUCGAGGUACAGAGGAAAGUGUGUGGGGCCGUCUUAGAGAGGCGCUAAGGGGAAACGGCGGCAGGGGACUAGACACGCAUAGUGGGAGGUCUUGA